AUGAAACGGUGGUCACUGUGCUUGUCUUCGUUUCAGCGUCUCCCCUUUGGAAUUCGCUCGCCCGCUGGGGGCAUCAACCUCAACAAAGGCCUGCUGAGUGACAAGGAGCGGGGCGACCCGUUCACGGAGCCAACGGUGUAUCGCAGCAAGAAGAGCAUUACGGCCAUGAACAAAGUAUUACGCAAGACGGAGCGACUUCGCAGGGAGGAGAAAAAAAAAGAGGAAAUGAAUGCAUUAGGUGUUGAUUCACGUAUGGAGAAAGAGCUGAUCAACGGUGCUGCGCAGCCGCUUCAGAAGGAGGCAAUCGCUGCCGUACGUGUGAUGGAUGAAGAGAGACUGACAUCAUCUGAUCCAGGAAGCGAGUACACGACCGCACUGCAACGCUUGAUGGAGCGGGAGGUAGACCGCCGAGAGCACAUGGUGGACAAAUUUGGGCAACCACCAACGGCCAAAGAAUUUCAUAAGUUGUUCACACAGUUGCGACACGCAGACGAUGAGGCGGAGACCAUUGAACGACACCAAACGCGUCUUGUGGAGGAAUACGGCAUAUAUCCCUCUAUGCGUCUGGAUGCCUACAUGCUCGAUGAUGACACAUAUUUUCCGGAGUGGGUGAAGGCUUUGCCGUACAGCAUACGGGAUCGUGUAAAGUACGGGUCAUUGGGACUCACCGAGGAGGAUGAGGCUCUUCGUGUGACACUCGGUCGCAUGCCGUUGGAUAGGCGGCGCCUAGAGUGGGACAAGCAAAAGAAAGCGAGGGAGUACAAGGCGGCAAAGGAGGAGACAUUAACGUUAGCUGAAUUGCGAGAUGCUCGACAAGGCAAGCGCCGAUUUCACUGGCUGCAACGAAAACGUCAAAAGCGGGCGUCAAUGCUUCGACGACUCGCAUUGCGAAAACCAGAGGCAUUUGAGUUGUGGCCUUCUGCUCUGGUGGACUACAGCCAGCGCAUUGCCUUUAUUGCGCAACACGUGGAAAAUGGCUUGGACACAAAGGGGCAAUGGCCCUUGGACCCGGAGGAGCUCGCACGUGCUCGCGUGCGGCGCAGUCAGGAGGAGGCCGAGCGCACCUUUCUGCUGAGCACGGAGGAAAAAAAAGCACUCAAGCGGAAAACUACGUGCAACAACGACAACAAUAUUAUGCAAAUGCUUCAUGCGUUGGAUACACCAGAGAAACCAUUUAGGCGACUUUCGCGCAAGGUCUACGCCAAUCGUGUGAACGCCAUUGUGCACGGUGACCAAGAUGAGUAUGGACGCAAGUAUCGUAAAAUGGAAAACCGCGCGAGGCGUCGGAUACGCCCGUACGAGUCUCUCGGAGAGAUGGCACUGUCAAAAGAGGUGCGAAAAGAACCCCGAGUUUACGCUAACGGCCUGAAUCAUACUGACGACGAGCACUGGCCAAAACACACCAAAUCAUGGGCGGAUGGCAUGCCUUCCAUACGCUACGCUGCGUGA